CAUAACCUCACUUAAUUUACAAAGGUUAUUUGUAAUUUGUAUACAAGUUAGUCGAGUUUUUAGUCUUUUUUAACACAAGUUCGACCGCUAUUAUGUUUAGGAUAUACAAUGGCAUGUGCUGAAUUGUGCUAAAUAGUUUGCAUGUUUCUCUUCUCCAGUUUACUUUGCUAACAAAAAGUUAAAGAUGUUUUCUGUAUGUAAACAAAUUCAUCCUGCCACUGGCGUAGAACAUUGUCUGAGUUGUCAUUUCUUUUCUAAAGCCGAAAAAACGUUAGUUACAGCUGGAGCAAAUAUAGUAAAAGCGUACAAAUUAGUCCCUGAUGUAGAUCCCAGGAUUCGCAUUCAAGAAAGAUUUUCAGAAACCAGACCUCCAAAAUGUAAGUUAGAAUGCAUUGGACAGUACAGCCUAUUUGGGAAUGUAAUUUCAAUGGAAACUGUUAAUCUUGCAAACUCUCCAAGGGAUGCAUUGCUUUUAGCCUUUGAAGAUGCAAAACUAUCUGUAGUUGAAUAUGAUCCAGAAACUAACGAUUUGAAAACCCUUAGUUUACAUUAUUUUGAAGAAGAAGAAAUGAAAGAUGGUUGGACUCAUCAUGUUCAUGUACCAAUAGUAAGAGCAGAUCCUGAAAACCGAUGUGCUGUAAUGACAGUUUUUGGGAGAAAGCUUGUUGUCUUGCCAUUUAGAAGAGAAAAUACAAUAGAAGAAAAUGAUUCUUCUGAUAUUAAACCAAUGAUCUCCAGCUCAUAUGGUUCCAAGUCCCCUAUAUUGUCUUCCUACAUGAUCUUAUUAAAAGAAUUUAUAGAAAAAGUGGAUAAUAUCAUUGAUAUACAGUUUUUGUAUGGCUAUUAUGAACCUACCUUAUUGAUUUUGUAUGAGCCUUUGAAAACAUUUUCUGGACGAGUCGCCGUUAGAACAGACACUUGUGCUAUGGCAGCUCUGUCGCUGAACCUGCAGCAGAAAGUACAUCCUAUUAUUUGGCAGGUGUCCAACUUACCAUUUGACUGUAUUCAUGCAAUUCCCAUUAAAAAACCUCUUGGGGGUACUUUGAUUAUGUCUGUGAAUGCUUUAAUUUAUUUAAAUCAAAGCAUUCCACCUUAUGGAGUUUCUUUGAACAGCAUUGCAGAAAGUAGUACAAGCUUUCCACUAAAACCUCAAGAAAAUGUAUGCGUAAGUCUAGAUUGUGCCCAAGUAGCUUUCCUAUCUGAUGACCAGUUAGUUUUCUCAUUGAAAGGGGGCGAAUUGUAUGUUCUAACUUUAAUAGCAGAUACAAUGAGAUAUGUGAGAAGUUUCCAUUUUGAUAAAGCUGCUUCUAGCGUGCUUACAACUUGCAUUUGUAUUUGUGAAGAUAAUUUUUUGUUCUUGGGCUCUCGCCUUGGAAAUUCUCUUUUAUUGAGAUACACAGAAAAAGAUAAUCAGAUAAUAACUUUAGAUGAUGACGAGCCCCCUACCAAACGGGCCAAAAAUGACGGCACUGAAGACACAAAUUCUACUUCAGAACCUGAGCGGGUAUUAGACUCUUUAAACGAUUGCAUGGCAAGUGAUGUUAUGGAUAUUAGAGACCCAGAAGAGCUUGAAGUGUAUGGUAGCGAAAAACAAACCAGUUUACACAUCACAAGUUUUGUUUUUGAGGUAUGUGAUAGUUUAUUAAAUAUCGGACCUUGUGGUAACGCUUCCAUUGGAGAACCGGCUUUUAUGAGUGAAGAAUUUAUACACAAUCCGGAUUUGGAUUUGGAACUAGUAACAACAUCAGGUUACGGAAAGAACGGAGCUCUGUGCGUACUCCAACGCUCUGUACGACCGCAAAUCGUCACCACAUUCACCCUUCCUGGUUGCAUAAACAUGUGGACUGUAUACGCCAACGAAGAACAUCAUGGGUUCCUUAUACUUAGUCAAGAAGAUGGCACCAUGAUUCUCCAAACAGGACAUGAAAUCAACGAAAUAGACAAUACAGGUUUCUGUACUACUGAUCCUACAGUUUAUGCUGCUAAUUUAGGAAAUAAUAAGUAUAUAGUACAAGUUACAACAGCUGCAGUUCGAUUACUGCAAGGAGCUAACCAAUUGCAACAUAUUCCUUUGGAUCUGGGCUCUCCCAUAGUUCAUGCUUCCAGCGCCGAUCCCUAUUUAGCAAUUUUAACUUCAGAUGGUCAGGUAAUAACCCUAAUGUUAAGGGAGUCUCGAGGAAGUGCCAGGCUUGUCGUCAGUAAAUCUACUCUUUCAAACAUUCCUGCAGUAACAACUUUAUGCCUAUAUCGUGACAGUUCGGGAUUAUUUACAAGUAAAGUUCCUGAAGACUUCCUACAUGUACCCUCUCACCUGGUAAAAGAACAAGAAACUAAAUCCGAGGUAGAAAACGAAGAAGAUCUUCUUUAUGGAGACAACAGCGACUUUAAAAUGCCAUCUUUGAAUCCUCCGCCCCCUAAACCUAAAGUCUUUUUCAACUGGUGGAAAAAGUACUUUGUCGAAUUCAGACCGACGUAUUGGUUACUUGUCGUACGCGAAAAUUCGAAUCUGGAAAUUUAUUCGGUGCCAGAAUUUAAACUUUCGUUCAUUGUGCGUAACCUCUGCUUUGGUUAUAAGGUUUUGGUGGAUAAUUUGGAGUCGGUGCCCAUGCUCGCUACUAAUCCUGCAAUGAUCAUGAACGAAAUAGCAUUGCAAAAGGAACAUGAGAUCAAGGAAAUUUCGAUGAUUGCUUUGGGAAAUAAAGGCUCCCGUCCACUUUUGUUGGUAAGAUUAGAAAAAGACUUUUAUAUCUACGAAGCGUUCAGAUUUACUCGUGGAAAUUUGAAAUUACGUUUUCGAAAACUGAAUCACAAUAUUAUUUAUUCCUGUGACACUUCGAAUCAGGUGGAAACAGAAAACUCUGAUUUCUUUGCAUUACAAGAAAGGGUUUCGAAGAUAAGACCGUUCGGAAAUAUAGCUGGAUACAAUGGAGUUUUUGUGUGUGGUGCCAAGCCCCAUUGGUUGUUCUUAACAGGCAGGGGUGAACUGAGAACUCAUCCUAUGACUAUCGAUGGUGAAAUUUUUUGUUUCGCUUCGUUUAACAACGUAAAUUGUCCUCAGGGGUUUCUCUAUUUUAAUAAAAAGUCUGAACUUCGUAUUGGUGUUCUUCCAACUCAUUUAAGUUAUGACGCAGCUUGGCCAGUUAGAAAAGUUCCACUUCGAUGCACUCCCCAUUUCAUAGAAUACCAUCUCGAAUCAAAAACUUACUGCAUAGUAACAAGUGCAUCAGAGCCCUCAAAACAGUAUUAUAAAUUUAACGGAGAAGAUAAAGAACUCUCUGUAGAAGACAGAGGCGACAGAUUUCCGUAUCCUCUCCAAGAAAAGUUCAGUAUAAUGUUGUUUUCCCCUGUAUCUUGGGACGUAAUUCCGAAUACUCGAAUGGAUUUGGAUGAAUGGGAACACAUCACUUGUCUUAAGAAUGUUUCUUUAGCUUACGAAGGUACUAGAUCGGGAUUAAAAGGGUACGUGGUGUUAGGAACCAAUUAUAAUUAUGGAGAGGAUGUUACGUCAAGGGGAAGGAUUUUAAUUUACGAUAUUAUUGAAGUCGUACCUGAACCUGGACAACCCCUAACAAAGAAUAAAUUCAAAGAAAUAUAUGCUAAGGAACAAAAAGGUCCUGUUACAGCUCUGUCCCAUGUUUCAGGGUUUCUUGUUUCAGCAGUGGGACAAAAGAUUUAUAUCUGGCAACUGAAAGAUAACGAUUUGGUGGGGGUGGCUUUUAUAGAUACACAAAUUUAUACUCACCAAAUUUUAUCUGUUAAAAGUUUACUUCUUGUGGCAGACGUUUAUAAGUCAAUUUCCUUAUUAAGGUUCCAAGAGGAGUACAGGACACUUUCUCUAGUAUCUAGGGAUUUUAAAGCAAGCGAAAUAUACUCAUUGCAGUACAUGAUAGAUAACACCAACAUGGGAUUCCUAGUUUCUGAUUCGGAAAAGAAUUUAAUAUUGUACAUGUACCAACCUGAAGCACGAGAAUCUUAUGGAGGUCAGAGACUUUUAAGAAAGGGCGAUUUUCACCUGGGUCAAGCAGUUAACACUUUCUUUAGAAUCCGUUGCAAAAUGGGUGAAUUGAUGGAAGAUAGAAAACAGUUAUCAGGUAUCGAAAAAAGGCAUAUUACCAUGUUUGCAACCCUUGACGGUAGUUUGGGAUAUUUACUACCUAUAGCAGAAAAAACUUAUAGAAGGCUUCUAAUGUUGCAAAAUGUUUUGGUUACUCACAGCUCUCAUACUGCUGGUUUAAAUCCAAAAGCGUUUAGGACGUAUAAAAGUUGGAGAAGACAACUUUCAAACCCCUGUCGAUCGAUUAUUGAUGGGGAACUUGUGUGGCGUUUUAUUAGUUUAUCGAUUAAUGAAAAAAUGGAGGUUUCUAAAAAGAUAGGCACAAAAACUGAGGAGAUAAUAGAAGACUUGUCGGAAAUACAAAAACUAACUGCCCAUUUUUGAUUUGUUCUUUACUUAUUAUUACAUUUGUAAAUACGGAAAAGCACGCUAAAUUACAUUAAAAUAAUUUAAUGAUCUUUGCUUAUUAAAAUAGGAACGAAAGAGU